GCGGGCUAUAAAAGUGUCCCGCCGCGGCACAUGCACACUUCGGGGAAACUUCCUGCCGGAGUGCCGGCCGCCAUGGGAGGCGCGCCCGCUCCCGCCUGCCCCGCUCCGCCCUAGGGCGGGCAGUCCCGCGGCGCAGGGCGGCCGCCGCCGAGACCCCCGCCCCGACCUGAGCUGCCCCCGCCGGACGCAGCGCGGGCGGGUCCCGCCGGUACCCGGUAGUGCCCUGGGAGGUUCGGCGGCAGGAUGAGAGUGAACGAGAGCGAGCUGAACAGCUCCGUCCUCCCGCGGGACCCGCCGGCCGAGGGCGCCCCGCGCCGCCAGCCCUGGGUGACCUCCACUUUGGCCGCCAUCCUCAUCUUCACCAUCGCGGUGGACCUGCUGGGCAACCUCUUGGUCAUCCUGUCCGUGUACCGCAACAAGAAGCUGCGAAACGCGGGAAAUGUGUUUGUUGUAAGCCUGGCAGUUGCAGACUUGAUAGUAGCUAUCUACCCUUAUCCACUGGUCCUCACAUCUGUGUUUCACAACGGAUGGAAACUGGGAUACCUACACUGCCAGAUUAGUGGCUUCUUGAUGGGCCUAAGUGUCAUUGGAUCAAUCUUCAAUAUUACAGGCAUCGCUAUCAAUCGGUACUGCUAUAUCUGCCACAGCCUCAAAUAUGACAAGCUGUACAGCGACAGGAAUUCACUGUGCUAUAUUGUCCUCAUUUGGGUCCUGACAUUUGUCGCUAUCGUGCCCAAUCUGUUUGUGGGAUCACUGCAGUACGACCCCAGGAUUUACUCCUGUACAUUUGCACAGUCUGUGAGCCCAGCAUAUACUAUAGCAGUUGUGUUUUUCCAUUUCCUGCUCCCCAUAGCCGUGGUUACUUUCUGUUACUUGCGAAUAUGGAUCCUCGUUAUCCAGGUAAGGCGAAGGGUUAAACCGGAUAACAACCCGAGGCUGAAACCACAUGACUUCAGAAACUUUGUAACCAUGUUUGUAGUAUUUGUACUGUUUGCAGUCUGCUGGGCUCCCUUGAACUUUAUAGGCAUUGCAGUGGCUGUCAACCCAAAAACUGUAAUCCCUAGGAUUCCAGAGUGGUUGUUUGUGUCUAGUUAUUACAUGGCAUAUUUCAACAGCUGCCUUAAUGCUAUAGUAUAUGGACUCCUGAACCAGAACUUCAGAAGAGAAUACAAGAGAAUUAUUGUCAGUUUUUGUACAGCAAAAGUUUUUUUCCAGGAUAGUUCUAAUGAUGCUGGAGACAGAAUGAGGAGCAAACCUUCUCCACUGAUAACAAACAACAAUCAAGUGAAGGUGGACUCUGUCUGAAAAUGGGAAUCUUACUAUUAUCACUCAACAGCAUCCAAAAAAAAAGUGUCCAUUUUAUUAGACCUCCUGUUAAAUGUCAUAGUGAAAUAUACCUUCUACACAGAAAGCACUUUGAUCAAAUCCCUCGCAUGAUGUUUGGAAGCUUGUUACAGAGCCUUGACAUAUAGAUCCUAUUAUACAAUGGUAUAUCCAUUGUAUAAUGACAUAGUGAUAUCGUUGAAGGAAUAAAAAGGUAUGAAUGACUACUUUUUUUUCUUAGAUAGAGAUAAGCACCUAGAAAGAGAUUGAAUCAGAAGUAUCCAUAUUGCCUGGUUCAAUAAAACAAAUCAUAAAACUAUUCCUGUCACUUUCCACAUGCUCUUUCUGUCCAUGUUACAGUCCUGAUUCUAAAAUCUCUGAAAACUUCUUAAAAAAAAGAAAGAAAUCAGACCUUUAUGAAAUAUAUUACAAGAUGUGAAGUCAAAAAUCAAGGUAACUGAAAAUUCAUUAGGCUUUUUAAAAAAAGUACCUCUAUCUAUAUUUCUUUGCUACUAACACAAAUAUAAUUUUUUGGAUAUUAAACCUCACCAGCCUUCCUAGAGAUGGCAUUCUCAAUUGACUUUUCAAUUUUAAAAUAGCUUUUAGCAGGAGAAACAAGCCUGAAUGAUUAUCUUCAAAGCUCCAAGGGCAGGAGGAUAAACAGCAAGGAAGGAAAAGAGCCAUGAUUCAUCAGCGCAAGCCAUUUCAACAUAAAAAAGAGGUGUAGGAGGGUUGGGAAGAGAAAUUUAAAUUGCCAUUAUUUCUGAAGAGACGGUAACUCAUGAAAUCAGGAAGAGUCCCAGAGGAGUUUCUGGGGAAACACCUUCUAGAAACAUAAGUGAGGAAGAACUGUUUUAUCUCACUUGUAUACAAGGCAGAAGUUCUAAAUCUCUGUGAGAAAAAGAUUAAUGUGUUUAAUAGGAGUGAUAGUUGAGUAUGACAGUUUUGUCUGGUUAGUGGAAUCUUAAACCCAUGAAACACUGGAAAAUAAGACAUGUAUACAGAAUGAGUAUUUAACAUCUUUCUGAACUGAUCCCCUGAGAAUAACUUGAGGCUAGCAGUUAUUUUUUAAUCUGUCACAGAUAAAAUUUUCAAAUUAAAAAUUAGGUGUUUACCACAGUUAUGAACAUAGUGUAAUAGCCUAGAAAUUAGACACCUUUAAAUAACAGAAAAGAGAAGAUACUACUUAUAACAGUGGUACAAAGAGGAACAUGUGAUUCUCAGGACUUUCCACAGACAGCAGGGACCUCUUCAGUAAGGGGAAGUACAGUGUGAAGUGAGGAAAAAUAGCAAGACAGGCUGUCUCCUGCAACAAUGAAUCUCUCUUUAUAAUGAAGUCCUCUGGCAGAGAAAAGUAAUUCACAACAAUAGGAUUCACCUUCAAAUUGACCUUAAAAAGAAAGAGCAUUUAGUUCCAGAAAGAAACUCCAACUGUCAUACCUUUUAAUGCUCAAUUGUUUAUACCUACAGUGAUUUCUAAGUACACUUGGGCUUUUCCAAGCCAAUUCCAACAAUGUCAGUGGGACAAAGAGCUUCUGAAUAGCUAUCAGACUUUUGUUAAUCUAUGUUAACAUUUUACUUACACUGCUAUUUUAAAAUAUUAUUUACUUAACUGGAGAUUUUCGUUCAGAAAACAACUGUCAUUCUGUCAUAGAGCUCCUUAAGCUGCAUUUAAACCUAACAGCAUUCCAUCUUUCUUGGAUCAUAGAUUAGUAUACCCUUGGUUUACUAAUGAACUAAAGGGAAUCAAUUCAUAUUUGCUUGAAAGCCCCACUGACACUUCAUCAUCUGACCAGUUUCUUCCCUUAAAAACAGGUGCCUCAUGUCAAGUUAUCAACAGAACUAAAUAAACAACAUUGUAAAACCUUGGAUAUGAACUGGCAAGUCAAUGCAUUGCUGAGGUGCUUGACUCAUCUUUGUUUACAUUUUCCAGUCAGAACCACUGUGUAAAUAACCAGCUCUCUUCUAUUCUGGUAUCAUCAUAUGAUAUGAUACAACAUGAUUUACAGCAUAAAGUAUAUCACAGCUUUCUUCACUGUGAUUUCAUCCUUGGAGGAUGCUUAGCUCUGUAAUUUUAUUGCUUUGCGUGUAGUGAUUUUAGAAUAGCAAGGGAGGCAUGACCACCUUACAAGUAAAUGAGUUUUUAAUGCAAGAAAAAUACUAUUUAAGUUCUUACAAAAAUUGCCUUAUUAAAGCAUAUUUUCAAUGAAAAUAAUGUCUUAUUAUAUAUCUAUGAGAGUAGCAUAAAAACAGUUAAAGUAGCUUAAUUAUUACUAAGUUUAGAAUUCUCAAAGACCUUUCACUUUCCAUUUCCUACAGAAAAUGUACAUCUGUACCAUGUCUACAUAUUUAUGAGCUGGUUCAAGAUAUUGUAUCCAAUAUGUGGGUUAUCUGAGGAAUUAAGGUCCCCUGUAAUUCGCAAGUGCUAAAAUAUAUUUUUGAUGACAAUGAAAAUGGUUUCCUAUAUACAACAGAACAUAUUAUACCAAAGGUAUAUAUUUUAUUGAAUAGGCCUGUAAUAAAAAUGGAGAGCAUUUUUCAGAUCUGUAUUUUGAAAUAUUUGUAUUAAAUCUAAAUCACAGAAAUGUGCA